AUGAGAGGCUGCUCUUGCCUUGCAGUUAUCAAGAGCCCCCCUGACUGGGAGGUGGGUGUCUACGCUGCCGGGGCGCUGGCGCUGCUGGGAGUUGCAGCUGUGAGCCUAUGGAAGCUCUGGACAUCCGGGAGUUUCCCCAGCCCCUCCCCGUUUCCCAACUACGAUUACAGGUACCUUCAGCAGAAGUAUGGUGAGACCUACGCAGAGGCCAGGCAGAAGAGAGUGCCUGCCUGGAAUGCCCAGCGGCCCAGCACUCGGGGACCACCCAGUCGCAAAGGCAGUCUCAGCAUCGAGGACACCUUCGAGAGCAUCAGUGAGCUGGGGCCCCUGGAGCUGAUGGGCCGUGAGCUGGACCUGGCCCCCUAUGGGACCCUCCGGAAGUCCCAGUCGGCGGACUCCCUCAACUCCAUCUCCUCCGUGAGCAACACCUUCGGACAGGACUUCACAUUGGGCCAGGUGGAGGUGAGCAUGGACUACGAUGCCACCUCCCACACCCUCCACGUGGCCGUGCUGCAGGGGAAGGACCUCCUGGAGCGGGAGGAAGCCAGCUUCGAGUCCUGCUUCAUGCGCGUCAGCCUGCUGCCAGACGAGCAGAUCGUGGGCAUUUCCCGGUUAAGGGAGCCUGUUGAUGCAGCCCACGGAGGUCAGCUCCUGGAGCAGAAAGCAGGGUGGGUCUCAGCCACUGCAGUGGGCGUCAUGGCCGUGGACGUGGCAGAAUACCACCUGAAUGGCCGACCCCCGUCCCUCAACUCCUCGAGGGUGGGGCUGAGGGGCAGCAGAGGAGCCCCUCUGGAUCCCAGGCUGCUCUGGUCUCCCCUUGCCCUCUCCUGGAAGGUCACAGGAGACAGGCUGCUGCAGGAGCCCAUGAAGGUGGACGGGGAGAGCUCCCCAGAGAUGGAAACAUGA